ACCUGGGAUUGGAAGGCUCUCUCACACCAAGUUGGAGGCACUCUGUGCUCGGCAAGGAAGAAAGUAUUGGAAAGAACCUAAUACAGAGUCUGAAAAAAUAAGGGUUUGCUCUAGAUUAGCUACUAUCCGCAAAUGACAACAACCCGGGCCUAGCAAAGCUUACCUAUAGCCAGCAUGAGGAGUGUUCGGCAUUCUGUAGGUGGGACAGAGCCCCCCAUCUCCCAGGCAGCGCUGCGCAGUGUUUGCCUCAUUUCCAUGGUCUCAGAGCGCCCUGGUUCACAGAUGUCAUUCUGUGGAGUAGUUUCUGAGAACAGCAUGGCUUCCCUCUGUGUGCCACGUCAACCUGCCAGACCAGACUCUACUCUUUCAUUGUUCUCAAUACAAUCUAUCUGGGGAUUGGAUUCCCAACACCUCUAUUCAACAGCUCUGGGAGCCGGAGGCAAGCUGUUACCUUCGCUGGGCCUCAGGUUCCCAGCUAUAAAGUGGGGAGACCACAGCAAGUGUUCCUAGCGUGGCUGGCUAGAUACACUCAGUAGUUAGCAAGCGGACUUCGCAAAGUGUGACUUAGGAACUUCACCACCUGUCUUGCCACGUUGGUAUCAGUGGCACAGCCUCGCUUUCUCUUUCUGUCUCUCCCUCUCUCUGCAGGUCUGUAGGCUCAGCUAGAUAUAUAUUUAUUAAUUUCCCUCUAAGUACUGGAGAAAAGUUCAUAGAAACCCUCCAUCGGUCAUUUCCCCCCAAAUAAACUUUUGCCACACCCACACUGUCCCUUUAUUGCAUGUGCCAAAGGUAUCAGGGCAUAUGCAAUAAAGCAUAUUUUAAAUGCGCAGUAGAGACAGCAGUUCUCAACGUGUGGGUCGCGACCCCUCCAGGGUCUUGGCUAUCCUCUGUAUCAGAUAUUUAUAAUGUAGCUCAUAACAGUAGCAAAAUCACAGCUAUGAAAGAAUUUUAUGGUUGGGAAGGUCGCCACAACACCAGGAACUGUAUUAAAGGGUCGUGGCAUUAGGAAGGUUGAGAGCCCCCGGGCUAAGGUAGCACCCACCAGCCCUGGGAAGCUUCGAAAGCUGGAACUGUAAUUGUUAGCCCUAUCUUUGCAGGUGACGGAGCUGGGGCACAUGAAUCAGCAGGAAUUUGAAUGAGAAAAAUGAACCCAGAAACUCUGGCUUGGUGUUCUCAGCCUCGCCAUGCUGCCUUUGAUGGGAGAACAGGGUUUGCUCCAUCCUGGAGGAAGGACAGGACCGUCCAGGACAGGGCGGCGUACCUCCAGAGACAGGGGGUGAACACUGUUGUCUUCGAGAGGCGCCAUGUGAUUGGGGGUGCGGCUGUCACCGAGGAGAUCAUUCCAGGGUUCAAGUUCUCCCGAGCGUCCUAUCUUCUCAGCCUUCUGAGGCCACAGAUUUACACAGACCUGGAGCUGAAGAAGCAUGGACUGAAGCUUCACCUGCGAAAUCCCUACUCCUUCACCCCCAUGCUGGAAGAGGGCACGCCGAGCAAGGCGCCCAGGUCCCUUCUGCUGGGCACAGACAUGGCUGAAAACCAGAAGCAGAUCUCUCAGUUCUCACGGAGGGAUGCUCAGGCUUUUCCCAGGUAUGAGGAGUUCAUGAGACGCUUGGUGCUAGCCAUUGACCCCUUGCUGGAUGCAGCCCCAGUGGAUAUAGCAGCCUUCCAGCGUGGCUCCCUGCUACAGAGGCUCAGGGCACUGUCUGCCCUGAGGCCCCUGCUAAAGGCAGGGCGCACCCUGGGAGCCCAGCUUCCCCAGUAUUACCAGGUCCUCACAGGCCCCAUUUCCAAGGUGCUGGACCACUGGUUUGAGUCUGAGCCUCUAAAAGCUACUCUGGCCACAGAUGCUGUGAUUGGAGCGAUGACCAGUCCCCAUACUCCAGGGAGUGGGUAUGUGCUGCUGCAUCAUGUGAUGGGCAGCCUGGAGGGGAUGCAGGGCGCCUGGAGCUAUGUCCAGGGUGGCAUGGGUGCCCUCUCUGAUGCCAUUGCAAGCUCAGCUACUACCCAUGGAGCAAGCAUCUUCACAGAAAAGACUGUGGCUAAGGUUCGAGUGAACAGUGAAGGCCACGUUCAAGGAGUUACGCUGCAGGACGGUGAGGAGGUCAGGAGCAAAGUCGUCUUGUCCUGUGCGUCGCCACAGGUCACCUUCUUGGAGCUGACGCCACAGGAGUGGCUUCCUGGGGCCUUUGUCAAGAGGAUCUCCCAGCUGGACACACAGUCUCCCGUCACGAAGAUCAACGUGGCUGUGGACAGGCUGCCCAACUUCCAGGCGGCCCCCAACGCUCCCAGGGACCAGCCACAACCCCAUCAUCGGUGCUCCAUCCACCUGAACUGUGAAGACACCUUGCUCCUCCACCAGGCCUUUGAAGAUGCCAAGAGUGGCCUGCCUUCCCAAAGGCCUAUGAUUGAACUCUGCAUCCCCUCAUCGCUGGACCCCACCCUAGCUCCACCGGGCUGCCAUGUGGUCUCCCUCUUCACUCAGUAUACGCCCUACACCCUGGCAGAAGGCAAGGCCUGGGAUGAGCAGGAGAAAAACACCUACGCAGACAAAGUAUUUGACUGCAUCGAGGCCUAUGCCCCUGGCUUCAAGAGUUCUGUGCUGGCCAGAGACAUCCUCACGCCAUGGGAUCUAGAGAGAAUCUUCGGGCUUCCUGGAGGGAACAUAUUCCACGGUGCCAUGUCCCUGGACCAGCUCUACUUUGCCCGUCCAGUUCCCCAACACUCUGACUAUAGAUGCCCUGUCCAGGGCCUGUACCUCUGCGGAAGCGGGGCCCAUCCUGGAGGAGGCGUCAUGGGAGCAGCCGGGCGAAAUGCAGCCCACACGGUCCUUAGGGACCUCAAGAGCAUGUGACACCAGGCCAGCUCGGACAACAAGGAGAAAAGUUUUCCCUGCACUUCUGAGCCAUCCAUCAGGACCCCUGAUGCCCAUGAUGCCCUGCUUCGAUGCCACUGGAGACAACUGCAUUAGCAAGGUGCCAUUGUUUCUUAAUUGGGACCCUAGUUACAUUUAUCAGAACUUCACCUUGUCCCAGGCCUUCACGGAUUAGCUGUGUUUGUCUUAUUAAAAAUGAUGUUUUGUAUAGAGA